UUGAGCGCCAGUUUCAACCUUGUUCUAGUUUUAAAAACAACUAGAAAUAUGUAUAUUAAGUGUAUCACAAUUGAUGGCUUUAAGUCGUACGCACAACGUACUGAGAUUAAUGAUUUCGAUCCGUUAUUUAACGCUAUAACGGGAUUAAAUGGAAGUGGCAAGUCGAAUAUUCUUGAUGCCAUUUGCUUCCUAUUGGGAAUUACGAAUCUGACACACGUACGGGCUAGUAACCUACAGGACUUGGUGUAUAAAAGUGGCCAGGCAGGUGUCACUAAGGCAACAGUGAGCAUCACGUUUGAUAACUUAGACAAGAAACAGAGUCCUCUUGGAUAUGAGCAGUACGACGAGUUCACCGUCACCAGACAGGUUGUCAUCGGAGGUCGCAACAAGUAUCUCAUCAAUGGCAGUAAUGCAAACAACACUCGAGUUCAGGAUCUGUUCCGAUCAGUUCAACUCAAUGUCAACAACCCACAUUUCUUGAUUAUGCAGGGACGCAUAACUAAAGUGCUCAACAUGAAGCCACCGGAGAUUUUAUCCAUGAUUGAAGAGGCUGCAGGUACUCGACUGUAUGAAACAAAAAAAGAAGCUGCUCAGAAAACUAUUGAGAAAAAAGAUGCCAAAUUAAGGGAAAUUGAUACUGUUCUCAAGGAAGACAUUACACCCACUCUUGCCAAACUGAAGGAAGAGCGUUCCUCGUUCCUGGAAUACCAGAAAAUCAUCCGUGAGCUGGAACAUCUCAACAAACUCUAUGUUGCCUAUCAGUUUGUUUGUGCAGAGGAGAAAAAGAAAAAGUCAGCAGAAGAGUUGGUUGAGAUGGAAAAUAAUGUGAAAGCAUUGAAAGAAAAAAUUGUGGAGAAUGAAAACAAAGUUAAGAAACUGGGAACUGUCAUUGCUGAUUUGGAACAACGUAGGGAUGAAGAGUCCGGUAGCGUGAUGACAAAGUUGGAAUCUGAGCUAGCGGAAAAGAAGACUCUGGAUGCCAAAGCGCAGAGUGCUGUUGACAGUAAAAAAGAGAGUAUGAAGACAGAGCAAAAGAAACACAAGGAGCUUACCAAAAACUGUGAAGAUAACAAGAAGAUGGUGUGUAACCGUGAGAAGGACAUGGAGAAGUUGAACAAACAGCUGGAGACGCUGAGAGAGCAGAGCGAGCAGGACCAGGAGGCCAGCAGGGCGGCACAGAAACACUUCCACGCAGUCAGCGCAGGGCUGUCAAGCAACGCAGACGGGGAAGACGCCACGCUCAGUGACCAGCUCAUCACUGCUAAGCACGAAAUCAGUCACGCUGAAACCGAGAUAAAGCAAGCUCAGAUGCGUUUGAAAAAUGCCCAGCAGGAAAUAAAGAAAAAGCAGGCAGAUUUGAAGAAAACCGAAUCUGAUUAUAAGAAGGACCAAUCUGUGUAUGAUGCUGUACAGAAGAGCAUGAACAAAAUUGAAGCUGAGUUGAAGAAGCUUGGGUUUGAGGAAGGCAAAGAUGAAAGACUAGCGGCUGAGCGCCGCAGUCUAAGUCAGAGUGUGCACAACCUUCAGGAAAAACUAGAAACACUGGAAGCCAGAUUUCCUCAGCUAAACUUCCAGUACAAAGACCCUGAGAAGAACUUUGACCGCAGUAAGGUUCACGGUCUGGUGUGUAAGCUGAUCAAAGUGAAUGAUGUGAAGACUGCUACUGCAUUAGAGAUUGCUGCAGGAAGUAAACUUUACAAUGUUGUGGUUGAUACAGAAGUAACUGGCAAGAAACUCUUACAGAAGGGAGAACUCCGACGUCGAUACACCAUUAUUCCUCUCAACAAGAUUGCAGCCAGGAGUAUUGAUGCCACAACUGUGAAAAGAGCAGAGUCACUUGUGGGAGCAAAUAACGUGAGUACGGCUUUAUCUCUGAUUGGCUAUGAGAAGGACUUGAAGACUGCUAUGGAGUUUGUGUUUGGAUCCAGUUUUGUUUGUGCCGAUAUGAAUGCUGCAAAGAAGGUGACGUAUGAUGACAAGGUCAUGAAGAAGUCUGUCACACUUGAUGGGGAAUCGUUUGACCCAGCUGGCACCCUGUCUGGAGGUGCCCGUGCCCAGUCUGGAUCAAUUCUUGAAAAGCUACAGGAGCUAAAGGAUGUAGAAGAUGAACUACACACGAAAACACAGAAUCUCAGAGAGGUUGAGCAGGAGCUGGAAAACAUCAAAAAGACUUCGGAAAAAUUUACCCAGCUGAAGCAGCAGUAUGAACUGAAGAGUCACGAGGCGGAGCUGGUUAAAGCUCGACUGGAACAAGGCAGUCAUCACCAGCAGCUGGAGGAAAUCAAUGCCUUACAGAAGCUGAUCGAGGAACAGACAGACAUUUCCAAAAAGGCUGAAGAGACUCAGAGGACAUCAGCAAAGAAAGUAAAAGAUCUUGAGGACAAAAUAAAGAAUGCCAAAUCUGUCAGAGAAAAAGAACUAAAAGAGGCAGAAAAUGCUUUGAAUGAAAUAAAGAAGAAGUUGGAGGAUUCCAGUAAGAAGACAAAAGAAAAGUUACAGGAAGUGGAGAGCAUCAAGCUGGAGAUAGAAGAGUUGAAAAAGGAGAUAGUCGGCUACGAAGACCAGCUGAAGACCGUGAGCCAGUCAAUCGACAACUACGAGAAACAGCAACAAGACCUGGAAGAAAACACGAAAGAAACAAAGCCUCCUAGGCAUGGACAUGCACAGGCGCCUCACCACACGUCGUGGGAUGGCUGCCCAGUGAUGCUGCAAUGCCUGCUGCAGCUCAGCGAAGUUCUGUGGUGGAUUCGGUUGGUUUUGAACACGACGUCCCAGCUCGUCCCACAUGUGCUCUAUUGGGUUCAUGUCCGGGGAAACUGCUGGCCAGUCCAACACAGUGACAUGGUGGGCACGAAGAAACGCCUGUGUACGCCUGGCAGUGUGCGGCCGAUCGUUGUCUUGCUGGAAGACGAGCCUGUUUUCGCCAUGCCGUCUCAUCAAUGGGAGGAGGACCGGCCGCAGGAUGUUGUUGACGUAGUGUUGCGCAUUAAGGUUUCCCUGUACCACCACGAGUUCGGACCGGAAGAGGAUAAGGCCACGGUAGGGUCGGUGGCAAUGCAGUCGUGCUGCGGCAAGACGUCUCCGGACAGUUCGGGCGCUGAUGAGUCGUCCCCUGGUUCCCACUUCAGUCCUGGCAGUGCUUGCGGCUGUCAAAAACCGAUUGCGCAGGUUGAAGCCCUUCUACAACAACAUGACUGGAUUGCAGAUGAGAAGAAGUAUUUCGGUCAGCCUAACACUGCGUACGACUUUCAGACAAAUAGCCCAAAGGAAGCUGAGCGACGUAUACACAAGUUACAAGAAACAAAGGAAAAACUGUCCAAAAAUGUCAACAUGAGAGCCAUGAACAUGCUGGGAAAAGCUGAGGAACAGUAUACUGACUUGAUGAAAAAAAGAAAGAUCGUUCUCCAAGACAAAGCCAAAAUUGCCUCGGUUAUUCAAGAGCUGGAUGAAAAGAAAAACGAAGCCCUGAAGAAGGCAUGGGAACAAGUGAACAAAGAUUUUGGGUCAAUAUUUUCCACGUUGUUGCCUGGCACCCAUGCGAAGUUGUCUCCCCCUGAAGGCCAGACAGUACUGGAUGGUUUGGAGGUAAAGGUAGCGUUCGGUGACGUGUGGAAAGAAUCCCUCAGUGAGCUUAGUGGAGGUCAAAGGUCUCUCGUUGCCCUGUCUCUGAUCCUGGCCAUGCUGCUGUUUAAACCGGCACCCAUCUACAUCCUUGACGAAGUGGACGCAGCUCUCGAUCUGUCCCACACUCAGAACAUCGGCCAGAUGAUAAAGUCUCACUUCAAACACUCACAGUUCAUCGUUGUGUCUUUGAAAGACGGUAUGUUUUCCAAUGCCAAUGUUCUGUACAAGACAAAGUUUGUUGAUGGCGUUUCCACGGUGACCCGACAUGUCCAGCAGAGCUCGUCGCGGAGCUUGUCAACAAAUGCAGACAAAGAGAAUGAGAGAACGGCUAGAAAGAAGAAUGCACACAAACGACCUCGGAUGGCGGAUGUCUCUAUAAACUAGCAUUGUCUACCAGCGAUACUUGUAAUCUCAUGACUUCCAUUACUGCACAUGCACUGAACUGAUCGAGAGAACUGUGCUGAAAUCUGGCAUCAUUAUUUUUGUUGUGAAUUGUCAUUAUUUACGGAUAUGCCAAGCAGUGCCUGGAAUUGCUGUCAACAUAUUUUUGCCUGUCAUUUUGUAAAAAUUUGGUAUUUUUGCCUUGCACUUUGUUGAACCGACAGCCAUGGUAUUUCAACCUUAAUAAUUAUGGCACGUGAUCUGAUAUGAGAGAAGAAACCUGCUGCACCUAUAUAGGUUUACUAUUUACAAGCAGAGUAGUGCAUGUCAAGCCGUGGGUACACCAGAUGAAAUAUCAAGUACAAAUCAAAUUGAUAUAUUUAUGGUAUUGAUCCUAUGACCUGUCACAUCUCAGGCAGACACUUGACCACGAGCUCCAUUGCUCUCCCCAGUCUAUAGUCCGUCCCACAGGGAAUGCCUUGAAUUUACUAUGAGUUAUUUAUUUCUGAGCUGAUUGAUUUGUAAAUUGCACACAAAAAUAGUAUCCGUUUGUUAUUUACUGAGCACUUUUACUUUUCUUCUUGCGUCAAACCAAGCUGAAAUUAUUUACAAAAAACAUUUA